CCUUUUGUUUUUAUGAGUUUUUUUGUUGUUGUUGUAUUGGGGUUGUUUAGAAUUUGAGAGAGAUAAGUUCUUCUGAUGCUGCAGCUAGAAACCUGUAUACAAUAGUUCAGUGUUAUUUUGUGCUUGAUAAUGAUCUAUAUUUUUUAUGUGUUAAUUAACCCUUGUUUCCCGGGGAAGUACUCUGGUAGUCCGGAGUUUGGCCGGGAGCUGGUUUCAUUAACCAUUCAAAUAACUUCAGGCAGAUUUUGAAUUUGACUAGGGCUGAAAGAGUUCAUAUUUCGACCGUGAGUUGUAUGAGAAUAUUUAUAGUCAAGAUUGUUUGCUCAGUUGACUAUACUUGCAAUAUUAACAAUUGGUGCAAACUUGAGAUCUAUAGUGGAAAGGGAAGCAUUUAAAAAGUCAGCACCAUCUAAUGUGUGCAUUCUGGAACUGAAGAAAAUGGGCUGUUGUGUCUCAACGAGCAGUCGAAGUACUUGUAGCAGCGGGAGCAACGGAGAUAUGACCACUCCAUCUUGCUUACAAGUUGGAUUCUGUGGACAAAAGAGAGCAAGGAGAACGUUCUCUGACCAUGUUAUUUCUCUACACCAUUUAUCAUCCUUACCUAGCCGGGUUUUUGCUAAUGGAAAGAGUCGGGGUUCGUGCAUUUUUACGCAGCAGGGCCGCAAGGGAAUUAAUCAGGACGCCAUGAUUGUGUGGGAAGAUUUCAUGUCCGAAGAUAUGAUCUUUUGUGGUGUCUUUGAUGGCCAUGGUCCACAUGGUCAUCUUGUUGCGCGUAAAGUGAGGGAUACUUUGCCAGUAAAAUUGCUUUCAUUUUUGCACUCUAAUGAAUCAAAGCAAAAUGAAUCAGGAAAAGCUUGUUUCAAACGAAACAUAAAACCAGGUGGUGGAGACUCUGAAAAGGAUUGCUCUGCUGAGGAUAAACUGAACUCCACUUGGAGAGAAGCUUUCAUGAAAGCAUACAAGGCCAUGGACAGAGAGCUCAAGUCUCAUUCAAAUCUAGACUGCUUCUGUAGUGGGAGCACAUCUGUGACUAUUGUGAAGCAGGGUUCAAAUCUCUUCAUGGGAUAUAUUGGGGAUUCUCGAGCAAUAAUGGGAUCCAAAGACAGCAAUGACUCCAUGGUGGCAAUUCAGUUGACUGUUGAUUUGAAGCCUGAUUUGCCAAGAGAAGCGGAAAGAAUCAAGCAGUGCAAGGGUAGGGUUUUUGCCUUGCAAGAUGAGCCGGAAGUCCCAAGGGUGUGGUUGCCUUUUGAUGAUGCACCAGGAUUAGCAAUGGCUAGAGCAUUUGGAGAUUUCUGUUUGAAGGAGUAUGGUGUGAUUUCUAUACCUGAAUUUUCUCACCAGCUGCUUACAGACAGAGAUCAAUUCAUUGUUCUUGCCUCUGAUGGGGUUUGGGAUGUUUUAAGUAAUGAGGAGGUGGUUGAGAUAGUAUCGUCAGCACCAACACGAUCCUCAGCAGCAAGGAUUCUGGUAAAUUCAGCUGCACGGGAAUGGAAACUCAAGUAUCCAACUUCGAAGAUGGAUGACUGUGCUGUAGUGUGCUUAUUUUUGGAUGGUAAAAUGGACUCAGAAUCAGAUUAUGAAGAACAAGGCUUCUCUUCUGCUACCAUUCAGAGCAACCAUUCAGGGAAUCCAAUUGAAUCAGAUGAUGGACAAAAGUCCGAGCCAUCUUUGCAACGAAACUUUACUGUGAGAUCAUCAGAAGAAAAUGAGACUUAUGGAGCAGUGUCCGUUGAUGUUGAAGAUGGAACAGCAUCAGCUGAUGAUCAAAACUGGUCAGGUUUGGAAGGGGUCACCCGUGUAAACUCACUCGUCCAACUUCCUAGAUUUUCUACCGAAAGGUCAAACUCUUGAAUUUGUUGCUUCACAAAGUAACGAUUUAAGGAGCAACUUUCUCCACCAGACAUUUUAAAAAAACGACAUCGGUUUUCAAAAUAUAUUUUUGGACAAUUCCGACAGACAUAAAAUUGGAGUAGCAUUGAGGGGGUGUGGAAAGCUCCUUGGUUUUUAUGGCAGUACCUUACCCAACACUGAAUUCAAGAAAGAAUUUUUGUGUAGGAGUGGUAUCAUUUUGAUGCUCUUUUUGGUUGCCAAAUUUACUUGUAGAAAACUUAAGUUCUACUAGGGUUUCCAGUCACAACGUAAUUGAUCUUGGCAUAAUGCAAUGUAUUUUUUUGUUUGUUUUGGAAAUUAGCUUAAUGCAACACGUUAAUAACAUGUUUUUGUGCUCUAAGCCAGGCAAUGAAUCUCGAAUUGCAGUUCAAGGAA